AGGAAGAGUUGAUGGGAGUUGUAUUUACUAUCAGUGAUCGGCGCUUCGCUUCACGACCAACUUCUCCCAUGAAUCGUUGCCUUUUUAUCUAAAAUAACCUCACUGGAACAGAUAGUAGUUUAGGUUCAGUGGCAUGGCUGAAAAGAAGACGGUUAUUGUGACAGGUUUUGAGCCUUUUGGAGAGCAUGCUGUUAAUGCAAGCUGGGUGGCCGUGCAGGAGCUGGAGAAAUUGGGCUUGGGGCAGAAUGUGGACCUACAUGUCAGUGAGGUUCCUGUAGAGUACCAGGCAGUCCAGAACCUUCUGCCAUCACUAUGGAAACAGUACCACCCACAGUUAGUGGUCCAUGUAGGAGUUUCCGGAAUGGCUACCACGGUAACCCUUGAAAAAUGUGGGCAUAACCAUGGUUACAGCCGCCUUGACAACUGUAACUUCUAUCCUGGGUCAGAGUGCUGUAUGGAUGGAGGACCAGAGUGUAUCCACUCAGUCAUAGAUAUGGAUGCUAUCUGCAAGAGGGUCAACUCCUCAGGCCUCGGAGUUACUCUGUCUGUUUCAAAGGACGCUGGCAGAUACCUGUGUGAGUACACCUACUACACCUCUUUGUACCUGGGCAAGGGCAGGUCAGCUUUCGUGCAUGUUCCACCCCUGGGAAAGCCCUACAGCGCAGAGGAGUUGGCCCAGGCCCUCAGGGCCGUGAUCUUGGAAAUGCUGGAACUGAUGGAGCACAACACAGAGAAGCAGCUUUGCCAGCACGGUCAAUGAGGGAACAGGGGUGUGUCCCAAACAGCUCACUCACUGUGUAGUGUCUGUGCAUAGACAGGAGGUUCAGCUAUGUUCAAUGAUGUCAAUAUCUCGUGCUUAUGCACACUACAUAGGGAGUAGUGGACUGAUUUGAGAUGAAGCUUGCACACUGAAGCCUGCCGUCACUGUGGCCAGAUAAGAACGGACGGCACUUUAGGGGUAUAAUCAAAAGAUGCUGAGAUGAGGUGCUAUGUAUAAAGAACUCUUUUUGAACCAAUGUGAAUGGAAACAGCGCAUAUAGAAUCUGUCAGUGCACAAACUGCUAUGUUUAUAUUUUUCACUUCUCUCCAGCUUUUAAAUAUAGCCCAGUCACUCCCUGGAAAGAAUGAGGUUGUUCAUAAAGUCUCUUUGCUUAUAUGUAUGCUGUCACAUCAAAACCUUGUUACUUCAUUGUGUUUCAGUUUUUUAUUCGUUUUUAACAUUCAACGUUUUGUGAAGCAUCUUAAAAAUAGGGUCUAUUAGCUGAGCAGUUUUACUCAAUGAUGGGUAGAGGUGGUGAGAGUGGGAGGUAAUUGCUGAUUUUAUUGCUUAACAUUAUUUUCCUGCCCACUGGCACACAGUGUCAUAAUCCAAAAAAAACAAGAGGCAAUUUAGAGGUGGAGCAAAAUUGUAUGAUGAAAUGUGCUUAAAGGGCAAUUCCACUGAUUUUUCAAAAUCUCUAUUUAAAUGAAACAUUGAGUUGAUCAGAGAGAUUUGAAGUGAAUUGAUGCACUGUGGAGACACAUGCUGUUUCAGAUUUCUGUACGUUGGUGGCAAUAACCACCAGGGUCGCCAUUUUUAACAAUUAACUAUAGUCUACAGUAUAGCCAUUUUAUUUACCUAAAGACACCUUCUCUCAAAGUGAUUUACUAUCCAAAGCCCAAACUUUCUCUCAGAACUAUUGUAAAACAAAGUCUCAGGCAUCAUAUUUGGGACCAUUUCAUGUAUUAUACUUUCAUAAGGGAGCUUUUAGAGGCAUUAAACGCUUUAGAUAUUUGGUUCCCAUCACCACCGUCGAACAAUUCUGAUUGCCUAAGGUUCCCUAGAACAGAAAAUUUCACAUUGAACCCCUCUGUAUUUUGCCUUCUACACUAAAAAAAUAUCUUUUCGAGUACAAACUCUGUCACUGUGGUGGUAUCCUCAAGGAUGCAUCUUCCUUUAGUUAGGGAACAUAAUUGUAGGAUAUAGCACUGCAGUUCUAUUUUUUUAAACUUGCACUGACUCCAUUUACCCAGUCUCGACACAAGACUAUUUUUAUUAUUAUUUCUGUCAUCACCAUCCAAAAAAAGCAUGCAUCUCCAUUUUUGUUGAUUUAUAUUUUUCCUCAUCAUUGGAACACUGCAGCUGUUAUUUACACUGUGUGAAAAUUUCAUGAUGAAUGGAUCAAUAGAAAAACACAAUAUUAACUUACAAGUUCAGGAGGUUUUUGCCUUCUGCUGUAAUGCUACUAUUUUGGAGAUAAAUGUUGUGUUGUUUUGUUUGGGGUGACUAUGCAUUUUCAUUUAGUUUGGGGUCACGAUAUGCAUUUGUAUUUAGUUGAGAUGCAGUAGAAUGUGGUUCAAUGUGGUUUGAUAUGAAAUGGUUCCUCGCAGAGAGAUUUACUGACUCAUAUUUUCUUUACAGUAGUGGUGGCAGGAUCCAGGGAUCGCAGCAUCUACAACACAAAUAUAGCCAUGUUAUGUGGCAUCCGAAACUGUCAUAUAUGUCAUAUAUGUCACAACCUCAUGCAUGUACCACUACAUCAUAAAUGUUUUUUUUCUUUACUCAAAAAUAUGUUUUAAGCCAUGUUUUCCUAAAACUCUCAAAAAAAUAGUGUCUCAUUCAUCAGGCAACAUAUUUUUGUCUAUUUCUUGUAAUAACAUUCUGUGAGCCAGAUACCACUACCACUGUGUGGUAUUCUGACACAGUUUCUCUAGAACAGAGCAUUUCACAUCAAACCACUUUGAAUGACUUUGUUUACAUCUUAACCAUUUAAUUAUGCAGAGAUUUUGAACAGUCGUUGGAAUUCCCCUUUAAGGUCCAUGUUCCUUUGAUGGUGCAUUUAUAUAGUUUGCAGCUGGACAGUAUCUUUUUUUUUCAAUGUAAUGUAAAGUUAACGUUUUGGAGAUACACUGUUUUGUUAUGACAGCAACAAAAUGAGCAUAACACUAUGUUUGCAUUUAGGGAGAGGCUGGUAGCGAGUUAUAUUUUAGUAGACAUACUAACACAAAGUGAAAGAAAAAAUUUAGUCUAAAUGAAUAACAACAAUGUGCGCUGUUUCCCUCAUAGGGUGGGGUACACAAAGAGGAUGAGAUUGGAAAUGUUUGUCUGUACAGUGCCUAUAUUAGCAUUGACAUGUUAGCCAACUGUCUAAAGUAAUGAACUCUAGUACCUUGAUUUUUCUGGGGGGUUUUUUGUUUUGGUUUGGUUUUUUUGUUGUUGUUGUUUUUUAUUUUAAUGAUAAUGUGUAUUUUUACAUGAUCAUAGUCAAAGCACACACUUUGGAAAUACUGUUGCCUUCUGCGUAUAUCAAGGUCUUCUGCAAAAAUGAUAAACAGCUGUCUUAUCAGGGGUAUUGUAAUUGUCAGCAGCUUUUCUGUGAAGAUUGAUACUGUGAAAUCAGGGUUCAAAAUGUAUGACAUUUAUAAUCCAUUGUUCACAUCCUACAGCAUAUUGUCACUGUCUUAAUAAAACUCAUAUGUCUGAAAUGGCAACUUUAUAAGAGAAGCAAAGAAAAAAGCUUUAAGUUUAGUGUACAUUACUGUACAGAACUCAGAGAUCCUUCAUAUAUUUUAUUUCCACUCAAAAUGGCCUUUAAAUACAAAAAAAAUAAAAAAAGUUAUUCUAUAACAGGAAAUAUUUCUAUCUUUCAGUAGAGGAUAUUAGAUAUACUGUUCUUGAAGUCGAAGGAAAAGUGGUGCUUCCAAACUUGAGUUUGGAAAGUGGGACUCUUAACAACCAUGCAAGAUAAAAAGCAGAUAAAUAGCAUUUAAAGAUUUACUCUUUGAGAGAGAGGAGGAAAUUACUUGGAUUAUGAGAAGCAAGAAAUGCGACCACUUUCCAGUGAAGGUGUGGAAAAAUAUCCAUGUAGAUUUCUCUGAAAAAUUGAAAGCAACUGUCCUGGAAAGAAUCUGUGAUAAAGGCAACAUAUGGACUCACUGAACGCUGAAAAAUGUUAUAUUUAGUUGUAAUCGUUUCUGUUUAGUUUUGUGUUAAAUGUUUUUUCUUCCUGACACUUAGAAAUUUAUAACUUAAUAGCUAUAAAAUGAACUUUUGCAAAGCACUGUGUGUUAAUGUAAAUACAUUUUAUUACAAAUAGUUUGAACCAUGUCUAUUGACCGUAUCAGUUUUAUUGCUGCCACAAUGUAAUGGGCAGUUUCCAUUUUGAGAUAAAAUUUUGUGUUAAAACGAAACAAAAAACAAGCAGUUUUGAUAUGACAGUGACAAUAUGAUAGAAAUGUGGGCCUGAAGUGUGCCUAAUACAGAAAUUAUAUAGUUUUGGAGACGUUAUAGGAAAUACUGACAGUGAAAGCAGUUCAUUUGUAUUAUCUUUUCUUUCUUUCUUUCUUUUUUUUUUGUUGAAGAAACACUGGACCAGUCUGGUAAUGUGAAGCUGAUUGUCCAACUUUAUGAUGUCUACCUACAGUCUUUCUCAUUUCAUGUUAACCUGUGGAACAGUUAGUCAUGCACACCUGGGUGAGAAAAAGUUCACGAACCCUUUGGACAAUGUGAUCUGAUCUUCAACUACAUCAUACUUAUAAAUAAAGACACUGUUAUUUAAUAAGUGA